CAUCUUCCACGAUUACAUUCUCUCUCUCUUUCUUUUCCGCUCCUACUCUACGUGUAGCAUUAGGAAAUGGUGGGGAGGAGGCCGUGAUACAGCAUUAGUAGGUUCAAUUGUUGGUAUACCGUCACGGUGAGAACGGUCUGGUGCAGAGUGUGUGUGUGUGUAUGUGCCUCAAACGGGAAUCAAAAGCGCACGCUCUCGGCGCUUGCUUGCGAUCGGUGCGCGCAUUCAACGCAGGAGCAGAGAGCGUGCAACGUUUCUUUCUCCAUCGCGAAAGAUCGUCGUUCACUUCGAAUUCGAGUGUGGCGCGCGUGCGUACGCGUGUGAGCGACUAAUCCGUGUGAAACCGCGCGACGAGUCAUCCCGGCGUGAAUCGACUCGGAUUAGUUUUACUUCACUCAGAAAUGUGUUUCGUGGCCAUGAUCACAAGUAACGCUAGUUUUCCGUGCAUUGCGCCGCGCGAGAUAAAAAGCACUCGUGCACCCGCGAUCCAAGUGAGUGAGUGAGUGAAAAGAGAAGUCGAAGAGAGAAAGGAAAAUCAGGAGAGAGAGAGAGAGAGAGCGAAUACAAGAGAAAACGCGACUCGUGCUGUGAACUCUGUCAGUGUGUGUGUGCGCGUUGAGAUCUCUGGAAUCUCUAACACGUCAUCGUCUCGGCUUGGUGCUGUUUAAGCGUUUCUCCUUUAGUUUCGGUGUGUUUUCCUGUUGACACGUUGACAGACCACAAGCAGUAGUGACCAUGACCGCGGAUAAUCUGUUCGAGCCGACCAACAUCCCAGGGCACCUCGCUCCCACGCCGGAAAGACUGGAAAGACUUCUAUCAAAGCAGACCCUCGAGGAACUCUACGAGGUCGAGGAACAGCCUUUCGCACGAGGUAAAUACGCAAUGGUCAGGAGAUGCCGUGAGAGAUCCAGUGGCAGGCAGUGGGCCGCCAAGUUCCUAAGAAAGCGACGACGCGCGCAAGAGCUCAGAGCGGAAGCGCUUCACGAGGUCGCGGUACUGGAUGCCACAGCCCAUUGUUGUCGUCUUGUUUCCCUCCACCAGGUCUUUGAGACCAACACUGAGAUGGUGCUCGUGCUGGAACUGGCACCCGGCGGCGAAUUACAAAUGAUACUCGACCGAGACGAAGUUCCGGAAGAACGGCAAGUCGCUAGAUUACUAAAGCAAAUUUUGGACGGGAUAGCUUUCUUGCAUUCCUUGAAUGUAGCUCACCUCGAUAUCAAGCCCCAGAAUUUAGUACUUACCGGGAAGUUCCCGGACUGCGACGUAAAAUUGUGCGAUUUCGGCAUAUCGCGAUACAUCAGUCAUGGAGUAGACAUUCGAGAGAUCUUGGGCACGCCCGAUUAUAUCGCUCCAGAGGUUCUGAAUUACGAGCCAAUCAGCCUCGCGACCGACAUGUGGUCCGUCGGUGUACUGUUCUACGUGCUAUUAACGGGAUGCUCGCCAUUUGGCGGCGAUACUAAGCAAGAGACGUUCUGCAAUAUCAGUAGAUGUCGACUGGACUUCCCGGAUGAUCUCUUUGAGGACGUCUCUGAAGAGGCGCGAGAUAUCAUGCGCAAACUCAUGGUUAAGGAUCCGAAUGAACGCCUGACGGUGACCGAAUGUCUCCAGCAUCCCUGGUUCAGCAAGUUCGAACAACUGCCGGCGCCGUUGUCCACAUGUUCCACCUCGUCGAAUGACUAUAAUUCUAGCGCAAACUUGCCCAUGGCAACUUCGCGACCAGACUUUCCGCUCUCUUUGUCCUCUCAGAAACUUACCAUCACUAACAGCCAAACGUUCACAACGAGCGCGUCGUCGACACCGAAGAGCGACGCUGAAAAGCGACAUUCAUCUAGCUUGAGCGGCCAUAGUGCGGAUUCCAAGCAAGCGAUGAAUCGUGCUGCUUCCUUCUACGCGAAGCCUCCUAAGUCGCCGUCCAAGUCAUUGCCUAAGCCCAUUAGGUUCUGCGGCCUGAGCUCGGACCGCAGGGACACCUUCAAAAGAAACAUGGACUUGCUGGCGCGUAAGUUUUCCGCCACGGAGAUUGUCAUUAUCGAGCCGAUGAUGCCGGACGCGACUGCAAGCGGGGACGAAAGUACGAACGCGGUAGUUGCCACCGCCAAUAGUGGUGCCAUCGGUAGUACCGACGGCGCUCAGCUUCGUACCACCGCCACUCACACGACUGGCCCAGCUGGCGAAGUGUUCAAAUGUACGCCCGUAUUUAUCCUUGGCGAAGAGCAACAAUGUAGCGACAGCGGCAGUGAUACCGUCUCCGAGAUCUCGACCGACAGCUCGAGCGACCGCAGCAGCAUCUACUCGGACGACUCUUUGGACUUCAUUUUAUAUAGUAAGAAUCAAGGCAGAGCGACUUUUCCGUUUUCGGCCGAAUCGACAGAUGCCGACAGAUGGGAGCAGAGACAACAUCGUAACAGCAGAGCAUGGCCGCGUGAAUGCAACGGCAUCGUCAGCAAAGCCCUCAGCCGUUUCACGUCGGAGACGAAGUCCAGCGCGAAGAUUCCGACGACGACAAUACCUUCAACGACGGCAAAGACUUCGACGACGACGACGACGACAACAACGACCGCUGGUCUCGAGACGCUUCGAGAGCGAGGUGGCAACCUGGUGGUCAUCAGAGAGCCUGUCCGAACCGGCCGGUAUACCAGGUACUGCGAAGUGCAAUGCGAAUCUGUGCAGGCACGGAUCCGUCGGUUUCAGGUGCAGCACGAUGCCUCGUAAGAUUCUAUAAAUAUACGUAUAUACGCUAUAUAUGUGUUUCGGGUAUUCUCGAUGCCAGAUGAUACGCGAGAACGAUGGCGGUGGGAUUCAAAAGAUCCGAAAGUAAGGUUGAGUUUAAUAAACAGUUAUAUAUAUAUAUAACUGUUUAUUGAACUCAAUCUUACUUUCGGAUAUAUAUAUAUAUACAGGGUGUCCCAGACUACCCGUCUCACCCGAUUUUUUCGUAAA